UAAUCUAGCAUAGCAGCUGGGAGCAUUUUACCACGUGAUGCGUGAGAUGUUAGAGAGCAGCCAUCAUCAUUUCACCUAAUUCAUGACCAGUCUGAAAUGCUACAUGGUAAGACGACAAGGAAACGGGAAACUACGAUGGAGUAGUUGAAGACUGAAGCGGCUCCUGUUUAUCUGCCUCUCAAACUCCAAAGGUAGGUCUAACCAACGCCUGGUCAGAGCUUGGCUGUCGAUCUGUAACACAGGAGCACAAAUCUGCUUACCAGCCUGCAUGAGCACAGUGGAGGAGAGGGUCUCAGGUGAUUACUCCCCCCAUUAGUCUCUGAGGAGGGGGGAGGAAUAGCAGGGCGAGGAGGAGGAGGAGGAGGUGGUGGUGGUGGAGGAGGAGGAGGAAGAAGUAGCUAGUAAUAACCACCCAGAGCAUGGGGCAAAAAGUCCCAGGUGGCAUUAAAACCAUUGAUAUGCGGGAUCCGGCAUUCAGCCCCCUGAAGCUGGAGCUACAGGCCCUGAGUCACACCAAGCCGUCUCGACUGGACCUGCUCCUGGACAUGCCACCUGCAGGCCUGGACGUACAGGUCCAACACUCGUGGAACAACGACGACCGCUCGCUAAACAUCUUCGUCAAGGACGACAACAAGCUGGUGUUUCACAGACACCCUGUGGCACAGAGCACGGACGCAAUCCGGGGCCGCGUCGGCUAUACGAGGGGACUGCACGUGUGGGAGAUCAGCUGGGCGAUGCGUCAGAGGGGCACACAUGCCGUGGUCGGAGUUGCAACAAGUGACGCCCCGCUACACUCAGUGGGUUACACAGCUUUGGUGGGAAGCAAUGGCGAGUCCUGGGGCUGGGACCUUUGCAGGAGUAAACUCUACCACGACGGCAAGAAUCACCAGGGGAAAAGCUACCCCGCCUUCCUCGAGCCAGACGACACCUUCAUCAUACCAGACUCCCUCUUAGUCGUCCUGGACAUGGAUGAGGGCACUCUGGGUUACAUAGUGGAUGGACAUUAUUUAGGGGUGGCAUUUAGAGGACUUAAGGGCAGGAAGCUGUACCCAGUGGUGAGCGCUGUGUGGGGACACUGUGAGAUUCGAAUCCGGUACAUAAAUGGACUUGAUCCUGAACCCCUCUCUCUGAUGGACCUGUGUCGACGCUCGGUGAGGGUGGCAUUAGGAAGAGACCGUUUGAGUGAAAUCCAUAGACUGCCCCUGCCUGUCUCUCUCAAGAGCUAUCUACUCUACCAAUGGCGGCGCUGACGGUCUCACUCACAGACAGACACACGCUCAGCACACCCACGUCUCUCUCAUAUUUCUCUGGGAUUCUCCUUGGGUCGAACCCGUUCGACAACAUUGCUCGAGCUACCAGGUCUGACGCAGCCUUCAACAAGUAUGCUUCUGUGUCAGCGUUUCUUAUCCUGUUUUUAUGACUCUUUGCAAAUGUACCUUCUAACUUUAUUAAAUCAGGAAUCACUGAGCACUAUGCACAUGCUGAUCCAGACGAUGCCCUGACAGUCACCAUGUUGGUGUAACUCUUCCAGUGAGUAAGUAAAUGUGGCAUAUGUAUGUGGUCGGUAUCUCUGCUUUGAAAUCUAGACUUUAAGAUGAUGAAUUUCUAUCUUGUAGCCUUUUUAAAUCUAAAUGUCCUUGGUUGUGUGUGAAAAUGAAAUAAAAUGUUGGUGCAGAAGCCCACUGCCAGUAUCCGACCACAAGGUGGCAGCACAUACACAUGUCGACCUGAACAUUCUCUUAAAAUGAGAAUUAUAGAAAUGAGAUUCUCUUGCAUUUAAAGAUUCUGUUUUUUAAAAGGAUAAUUGUUAUAAAAUUGGUAUUCAUCCAACACAAAAAUGAGAUGCUGACCACUCCAUAUGAGUCUGUGGUGCAGUGAGGAUGAUUGCACUGUGAGGAAGCUGGAGAGCAGCCCCUACACCUCAGAUUACACUGUGAUAUGGAAGUGUGCCCUAUUGCUUACCUUCAAGGCAUGGGACAGGAACAUCAUCAGCAGAAACUUUAACAGAAGGAUAAUGUCACUGUGAUUAUUUGUAGCAUGCAUCUGCAGGAAAUCUUUCUCAAUACAGUCUCAAAGUCUUCUUUUUUUAUCUUUUCUGUCACUCCUGCUUUUUGUUGUGCAGUACAGUAGUUUUCAAACACACGCUGUCAAGGCCCAAGACUGCAGUUAUUCCUGACAUUAUCAUCCAACCAGUUUCUACAUCAACUGAUUUCACUGGUUUGCACAAAUUCAACCAGAAAAUGAAACUAACCAAUGAAAUUGCAGGAAACGUGGCAGUUUUUGAAUGGACGCAUGCUAUUCUUGGGUCUUACUGGCGCAUAGCUGAGAACCAUUGAUGUAGUGUUUGUGUUUUAAGACAUGUAAAGGGGGUUUAAAGGGUUCAGGUUAUGUCGGAGGACAAUAUUGUUUCUUAGUCAGCUAACUUCUGGUUCAAGACACCGUAACGACAUGAAAAGACAAUCCACAAAGUGCUGCACAAAUGUAAUGAAAGAAGUCAUGAUUGCCAACAUAUUGUCAAAUGCCAUAUCAUAGACCUGUUGACUCUAGUAUUUUUAAAUGUGCAGACAUGGUUCUUAUUCAGCACCAAGCUAAUGGGGCUUCACUGUGUCACACCUUUUGUUUUCCUUGCUUGCAGACUCCAUUUUAUUUGUACUCGUAGAUUUGUUUGUAAGUAUCUAUUAAAGUUUAUUUCAAAAUAUU